CAAUCCAGGCGGCGGCACGACAUACAAAUUGCACGCGCCUCUUUCUCUCAGACCCACACAACCACGACUCACCAUCUCGAUAGCUCUGUCACGACCGACAGACCACUGUCAAGAUGAAGCUCGUUAGAUUCCUCAUGAAGUGCGCGAACGAGACGGUGACGAUUGAGCUUAAGAAUGGCACCAUCAUCCACGGAACCAUCACAUCCGUCUCCCCACAAAUGAACACCGCCCUCCGCACCGUGAAGAUGACCGCGCGCGGCCGCGAUCCCGUCGCCCUCGACACCAUCAACCUCCGCGGCAGCACGAUCCGGUACUACAUCCUCCCCGACUCUCUGCCGCUGGACACGCUACUCAUCGACGACGCUCCGAAGCCGAAGAACAAGGCACGCAAGGAGGUGGCUGAUAAGGGGGGUGCGAGGGGUGGGCGCGGAGGACCGAGGGGAGGGAGGGGUGGGGGACGGGGUGGGGGUUUCAGGGGGGGCGGUGGAAGGGGGGGAGGAAGGGGGAGGGGGUUCUAA